AUCAAAAAACAUGACAACUAAAACGAAAUCUGUUAAAGUGGGGAUUCGAUAUUUACGUACAAGGUCGGCUUUGUUUUCGGAAAUUGCCAAUGUCUACAGACCAGCUUUGAAGCAUCGUGAGGAAGUAUUGGAACUAAUAAAAGAGAAAUAUUCAAAAGCAUUGCAAUCACGUUUUGCUGAUAAAAUGCGUACUGCUAAAGGGUUUUACAGAUUAGAAAUGUCUGUACCGAAAGUUGAAGAAAUGAAGAGGAUUCAAGAAGAUUUGGCCUUAGUGAAGGAUUUCAUUAAGAAUGAAUGCUACAAGCAAAUAACUGUAAAACAAGCUUGGUUACUCUUCCUCGUGGGAUUGGAAAUAGGGCUAUGGUUCUUUCUAGGAGAAACCAUUGGAAAAUUUCAUAUUGUUGGAUAUAAAGUCUGAUGUACCUACUUUUAAAUUUUGUAGAGCUAAUAAAUUAGUUGCUAUAAAUACAUGUCA